UUGACUUUGAUGUGUUUCUUGUGCCUCUAGGAAAAAGUAUAAACAAAUCACAAUCUGACAAGCGGAAACUGAAACGAAAAAGGCCCUAAUAAUUGAUAGGGUCAGAAAACAGUGAUUUUCAUAAGACGUUUCUGUUCUGUAACCAAAAACAUGUACAGUAUUAUCGUUAUAAACUAUUAGUUAUUUAGUACUUGAGCCUUGAGUAGCAAAAUGUGGCACCACAAAAAUGUAUUGGAUUAUAUACGAACCGGUUCAGUGAUAUUCCUGAUGAUUUUCAUAUGGCUGCACCUCAACUUUUCAGAUCUAGACGAACCUUCUUCAAAAUACUCCAAGUUGAACAAUGCCGAUGCGGUGAUUUCGAGUGCGAAAUCUCCAGAACCACCAAUCACCUCUGUUUAUGAAGAAAUAUUAAGUAAUAUGCCCAAUAUAUCCACCAUAAAACGAAAAAUAGCUCAAUACAACCAGGAACAAGUCGUUCACAACGAGCACAAAUUCCAACCGCUUCAGAAUGACUCGGUUGUCAUCGUCGUUCAGGUACAUGAUCGAAUUGCUUACUUACGCCAUCUAGUAGCGAGUCUCGCAAGAGCGUUUGGUAUAUCGGAAGCGCUUCUCGUUUUUUCGCACGACUUUUACGACGAAGAAAUAAACAGUCUUGUAAAAACCAUCGACUUUUGCAAAGUAACGCAAAUGUUCUACCCAUACUCCACGCAAACUCAUCCUAGUGAAUUUCCCGGGGACGAUCCGAGAGACUGUCCUAGGGAUAUGACGAAAGAAGAAGCAGCUGUAAAGAAAUGUAAUAACGCCCUCUAUCCUGACGUGUACGGACACUACCGGGAGGCGAAGUUUGCCCAAAUAAAACACCACUGGUGGUGGAAAGCCAAUCGAAUAUUCAGUCGACUCGAAGCAAUGGAAAACCACACCGGCCCCGUCAUUUUCCUGGAAGAAGACCAAUAUGUCGCAGAAGAUUUCGUUUACAUGCUGAAGUUGAUGGAAAAACACUGCAGAAUAUUUUUCAAACACUGCAACAUCCUCUCCUUGGGGACGUAUUUGAAUGCUUACGAUUACCGUCUGGAUUCCGGAAGAGUGGACGCAUCCCCUUGGAUAGGGGGGAAACACAACAUGGGGAUGGCUUUCAACCGAUCUACGUGGAAUCAGAUAGCCGAAUGCGCAACCGAUUUCUGUGAAUAUGACGACUACAAUUGGGACUGGUCUCUCCAACACUUGUCUCAACGAUGUUUGAAACACGAACUCCAAGCUGUGUCCGUUCGAGCUCCAAGGGUUUUCCACAUUGGGGAAUGCGGGGUCCACCAUGCGAAAAACGAUUGUGGUCUGACUUCGGCCAUUUUGAGAGUUGAACGUGUGCUCAAAAGUGCCAACAGUCACUUGUAUCCUGGUCACUUGAUAUUAGGGAGUUCGACAGAUUUGAAAAGUAAACGGGUCAACAGGAACGGGGGUUGGGGGGAUCGAAGGGAUCACCGCCUAUGUCUGGACAUGACAAUUCGUUGAUUCUGUCGAAGCUAUUUUCCGGGUUGUUUGGCCGUGGUUUGCACGGUCAAACAACCUUUGAUAAUAUCAAACGUAGUAGUUGUGAAAGUAGUAGUAGGUCAUGAAAGUUUACAUUCUUUGAAUUCGUUGUUUAAUGUUUGGUACCUACUGAAUGAAA